GUGUGUUAGUCCCCUUGGAUGAGCACAUACACGGCUGAGGAUGCAGCUGGGAGCAUGAGUUCUGACCGAGAGGAGUAUGACAUGAUCUGUCAGAAAGCUGUGACCCUAAUUGUUGACCUUUGCCUCCACAACAGUUCACUGUUGGAUCAAGACACCUGUAAGGAUUACCUCUUCCUGUUGUCCAGCCACAGCUCAGACCGCAAAGAACUCGGCGCUUCUUUUGGCCUCCUCCUCUUUGUGUUUGUGGUCUGCGGCCUGGCUCUGCUGGGCCUCCUCACGUUCGUCUCUUGGAAGCUGUGCCGCGCGCCUCGGCGAGCCAAGGCCCGCCCCCCGAGCCCGUCCCUCGCCCCGGCCCGCGACCUAGAGGACUGCCCGUUUCGGACUCCCCCCGGCCCGCCCAGCCCCCAGCAGCCACCGGUCACCAUGGCGACGGAGAAGGUGAAAGAGCCCAUGGUUUCGAUGGGGUUCCUGGAGGCGGCGGUAAAGAUAAGCCGCACAUCUCCCGACAUCCCCGCCGAGGUGCAGCUCUCCAUGAGGGAGCACUUCCUGCGCCGCACGCAGCGCAUGCAGAGGCAAACCACGGAGCCGGCUUCCUCCACCCGGCACAAUUCAUUCAAAAGACACCUGCCCCGACAGAUGCAGGUAGGCAGCCUCGACUUGGGAAACGACUACGUGGCCGACAACGACGAGACGUCAACCAGCAUCGGCCGCAUUCAGCCGGAGCUCUACCAGCAGAAGGCCGUGGAGUCAGAGGACUCGUCCAAGAACAGCAGCAGCAAAAACUGUGGCAGGAUCAACAUCUCGCUCAAGUACGACUACGAAAACGAGGCCCUCAUCGUCGACAUCCUCAAGGCGGCGGACCUGCCCGCCAAGGACCUGUGCGGCACCUCUGACCCUUACGUGAAGGUCUACCUGCUGCCCGACCGCAAGAAGUUCCAGACUCGCGUCCACCGGAAGACGCUCAACCCCUCGUUCGACGAGAGCUUCCAGUUCCCGGUGCCUUACGACGAGCUCGCGGUCAGGAAGCUCCACAUGAGCGUCUUUGACUUUGACAGGUUCUCAAGGCACGAUAUGAUCGGGGAGGUGGUGCUGGACAACUUGUUUGAGACGUCGGACCUCUCCAGGGAGACAAACAUAUGGAGGGACAUCCAAUAUGCCACCAGCGAAAGUGUUGACCUUGGAGAGAUCAUGUUCUCACUGUGCUACCUGCCCACCGCAGGCAGACUCACACUUACUGUCAUCAAGUGCAGGAACCUCAAGGCCAUGGACAUCACUGGAUACUCAGAUCCCUAUGUCAAGGUGUCGCUCAUAUGUGACGGCAGACGUUUGAAGAAGAAGAAGACGAGCAUUAAAAAGAACACUCUGAAUCCCACCUACAACGAGGCCAUCAUCUUUGACAUCCCCCCAGACAGCAUGGACCACGUCAGCCUGCACAUCUCUGUCAUGGACUACGACUUGGUAGGUCAUAAUGAGAUCAUCGGUGUGAUGAGAGUUGGCUGCCAUGCCGAGGGACUCGGCAGGGACCACUGGAACGAAAUGCUGGCUUAUCCGCGCAAGCCCAUUGCGCACUGGCACCCCCUGCUGGAGUCCAAGAAGUCCGAGAAGGAGUGGAAGGCGAGGACGGCCAGCUUUGACAGCCAAGGCUCCUGCCCUUCGCCCAGGCCCCCUGCGAGUCCCUGAGCGGGGCCACCUGUGACCCAGCAGCCCAGAAAAGGGGGGGGUCUCCUCCCCCCCGCUGAUCCGCUC